AUGUUUGCAACCUUGAGACGGCAUGUGGCGCGUGGCGUGGGCUUGCAGGUGCGAGCGAAAUCAGGCGGCCAGCACAACGUGCUGAACCGCGGGCAGUUGCCGUUCCUGUACAACGCAUCUGGCCCGACGGCGGUGCGGUACACCGACCAGCACGAGUGGAUCGCAGCGCACGCCGACGGCACAGCAUUUGUGGGAGUGACGAAGUACGCGGCUGAUGCUCUAGGGGAUGCUACAUACGUGGAGCUACCAGCCGCAGAUGCGGCGGUGGAGGUGGGCGAGGGACUGGGCUCGAUCGAGUCGGUCAAGUCUGCGUCGGAGGUCUACGCGCCGGCAGGCGGUGUGGUGGUGGAGGCGAAUGAGGCUUUGCAGGCGUCGCCACAGCUGCUGAACCAGGACCCCAUGGGAGCGGGCUGGCUGUGCCGGCUGCGUCUGCAUGACGCGGCGGAACUGGAUUCGGACCGCCUGAUGACGCUUGAGCGCUACGAACAGUCGCUGCGUGAGGACGCCUAG